AUGGAAAGCCUAAAAUUGGGAUGGAGUUUUGUCAAUUUAGCAGAAGCUUGGGACUUUUGGAAGAAGUAUGGGAAAUCUGUGGGGUUUGGAGUGCGAAAGGAUUACAUCAAUCAAAGCAAAAAGGAUGGAGUGUGUACUAGUGCAGUUUUUGUUUGUUGUAAAGAAGGUAAAAGACAGGAGGACAAACGGAGGAUUGGUAGCAUUCAUCGUUGGGAAACAAGAUCACAAUGCCAUGUAAAGGUGAACAUAGCUUUGGACAGAGGGAGUCAUAAAUACAAGAUCAAAAAUUUUGUUGAGGAACACAAUCAUGAACUUGAGCCUCCAGAGACUUGUCAUAUGAUAAGAUCCUACAAAGAAGUGAGUGCAUCUUAUGGUUUGGCAAUUGAGUUGGCUAGCGAUUCCGAACUCACUCCUAGAGCAACCCAUGAAUUAUUAUGUAAAGAAGCAGAGGGGAGGGCAAAACUUGGGUUCAUCAUGGAAGAUCAAAGGAGUUAUUUGCGAUCAAACAGAGAAAAAAAAUAUGGAAUAUGUGAUAAAUUAGUCACUAAUAUAUUUUGGUCUGAUUCGAGAAUGAUUGUUGAUUAUGUUUACUUUGGGGAUGUACUCACCUUUGACACUACGUAUGGCACCAACAAAGAGUUAAGACCGUUGGGUGCAUUUGUUGGUCUUAACCAUCACAGGCAAAUGGUGAUUUUUGGUGGUGCUCUUAUGUAUGAUGAAACUAUUGAUUCAUUUGCAUGGUUAUUUGAAACUUUCUUGAAGGCUCAUGGUGGUAAGAGAGAGUGUGACCUGAUACAAGACAUGGGUUAUGCAUUUGGCAUUUGGCAUUUAAAUCAAAAUGGAAUCAAGCAUUUGGGUUGGCGAAUGAAAGAAGGUUCUACAUUUUUGACUAACUGA